AAGUUUAAUGAUAAGAAGAAGUCUUAUAGGUUCAUGAUCAAUAUGAAAUAAUUUAAAAAUAUGCUUAAUAGUGAACCAAUAUUAAUAAAGGAUUGUUAUAUUAAAUUGGAGAGGCUAGAAACGUUUUAUUUCUCCAAUCCUUCUCCAUCUAUUCUUCAACAUUCUUUUAUUGACCAAACUGUCAAUGACGCCUUAAUAAAGAAGUUUCUAGACUCUCAAAAAGAUUUUAUUGGAGAAAGUCAACAAUUUAAAGCUUUCAUUAACAAUAAACAAAUAGAUAAAGAUGAAUCACAUAAAAAUCAAACAAAUUUAAAGAAUAAAGAAAAAUUACAAAAACUUCAUAUAUGUCACAUAUGUUUUAAAAGUUAUAACCUAAAUUGUGAUCUGAGAGAUCAUGUUUUUUUUGCACAUACUGCACAUCCAACCCUCCAAGAAACUUUAAAAGUUAAUAUUGUUGGUACAGAAGCACCAAUUAAAAGCCAAGAUGAUUUUAUUGAAGAUUAUCAGACACUUGUUAGAAAAAGUGUCAGGAAACGCCAUAAAAAUAGAAAAUAUGCUGAUUAUGAUAUAGAAGAUUUUGAUAUAUCACAUAAUAAUAAUAUAUUAUCCAAUAUAAUUAUUAAAAAAGAACCUAUAUUUUAUUCACACAAUGAUAACCCAUGUAUUGAGACACACUUUGACCAAUUGUUUGAUUUGAAGUCCAUCAAUGUAAAUCAAGAAAAUCAUAAUACAUUUUCUCAAAAUAUAUCAUCACAAAUAAACAAUGAUAUGAAUGAUAAUAUUACACUCAUUAUUCCAAAAAUAGAAGCAGAAAAUGAUGUAGAAAAUCAAAACACAAGCAAUAAUAACAAAGUUUGCAAUAUAUGUGGCAAGGUAUUUGCUAAGAGAUUAUUGUUACGCAGACAUUUUGAUAGUGUACAUCUAAGACUAAGGCCUCAUUUAUGCUUUGAAUGUGGGGAAAAGUUUGCCUCUAAGGACACCCUAGCACAGCACAUACGUACAAUUCAUGAGAAAUCAAGGCCAUUCCUAUGUACCUUAUGCCCAGGGAUUGGUAAAGCAUUUACUCGCAAACAAUGCCUAACAACUCACAUUAGAGUAGCCCACAGAGACCUUAUUUUGAACCAAAACAAUCCAGAUAUAGAAGUGAUAAUAAUUGACAAAUUUUCUGAGGAUCCCUUGAUAUCUCAAGAUUUCCUUACUAAUAAUAAUGAUGAAGGAAAGAUGGAUGACAUAGAUUUUGUUACUGGUAUUAUAAAUGAGCCAUUUAAAAUGAAUGAAGAUAUAAACAAGAAUCAAAUCAAACAAGAACACUUGUCUAUGUCCAUUGGUAAAAAGAAGGGAGCCAAAAUUCGACUCAAAUAUUAUAGAUGUCACUUUUGUGGAAAAAUUUUUAAUCAAGAGGCACAUCUAAGUAGACACAUUAAAUCAGUUCACCAGCGUCUCAAGCCUUAUAAAUGUUAUUUGUGCCCAAAGAUACCACCCAAUCCUGCAUUAGCUUAUGAUGAGCAAUUGACAGGAUCAUCUGCCAAUAUAUCCAUCAGAGACCAUUAUGAGCGUGAUCCCUCUACUGGCCAUUGGAUAAAAUCUUUCUCUCGCAAAGAGUUCCUUAUAAAACAUAUACGGAGUGUGCACCAAGGCUAUAGAGCAUAUUCAUGUGACCUAUGUGGGAUGAAAUACUGCGAUAAGCGUGACAUGGAAAAUCACAAGAAAAAAGCUCAUUCAAUUGAUUCCAAGCAUUUGAGACUUCAAAAUCUAGGCAAUGAUACACAGACUCCCAUUCCUAGAGCUUGUCCUUACCCUGCUUGUUCUAACAUUGUGUUUACGAGCAAGAUACACUUGUCUAAACAUGUCAAAACCUUUCAUUCCUCAUCUUCCAACAUUAAAUCCUACAAUUUGGGCUUAGAUGAAGGAAACAAAAUGGCCACUCCCAUAGAUAAGUCCUCUGCUUUAACAAAUCGUGGGAUGGAUGAUAUGAACGUGAACAAUUACUAUGGUAGUCUCAUGAAUCAAGAUGAGACAACCCCAUUCGAAGAUUCCGCUUCUUUCUUAGAUAUACCAAAUUCCCUCCCCCUCAACAUACACUCCCCGAUUCCCCUUCAACUCAAAAUGAGUUCUAUCAGUCAGCUGGACAGUAUCCCCUAUCCAUCUUCACAACUUACUGAUGGAAUGUUAGUCACCGACAACUCACUCGUUUCCCCAAAUUCGCUUUGUUUUGCCUGUGACACUUGUGACAAGCUUUUUACCAAUAGGGCCUCACUAGUGAGACAUUUCAAAUCAGUCCACGAAAAUCACAGGGCCUAUGCCUGCAGAAUCUGUGGCCGAUCCUUCAAUCAAAGACCUCACCUUGAAAGACAUUUGGCAUCCCUUAUCCAUGCAGAUGUCUUAAAAUACGCUUGCGAUUAUUGUGGGAGAAGAUUUGCCUUGAAGUCAAGAUUGGAGAAACAUUUAUUUGAUUUAAACUAUCACAGGGAUCCUAACUAUGUUAGGGUUCCAAAAUACGUUUGUUAUAUUUGUACACCACCUCAAGCCUUAGCGAUAGGCGAUGAACUAGAUUUUGUGCCUGAUGAUAGCCCAUUUUCAGCAUUGUUGGCCGAUUUGAAAAAAAAGAAAGCCCAACAAGGUAUACUCUUGACUAACAAUGAUUUUGAUCACAAAAACUUUGAAGAUUUCAAUGGACAAAACGUUAAAUAUAAUUUUGACAAUGACAUAGAUUACUUAGAUGAAAGUUCCCCCAAAUCUAGAAGGGGAACCGGAGAGGACAAGCUUUUAGCAUCCCUCACCUCCAAGCUCAUUUCCGACACCUUGCAGAUUCAAGGAUUGGACCUAUUGAUCGAAAAUAUAAAUAAUUCACCACCCGACGAUCAACUGUUAAUCAACCAUUCAGGUGGCUCUGAUCAGCUCAUCGAUCAUCACCUAAUUCAAAGUGACCAGUCGGAUCCAUCAUCGGAUCAGCUCUUGAUGAUGGAUCAAUCUCCUAACAAUAAUAAUCAGCAGUUAAUGGUUCAAUUGGAUCAAUCUGAAGAGCGGCAGAUAGAGCAAGACGAAGAAGAAUUAGCUGGAUAUGACCAAGAGAUGGCGCUUAUGAAACGUCAACGAUUCGAUAUGUCGGGUGCUUUUAAUAACAGAGUAAGUUUGAGAAAAUCAAGAGAUGAUUCUGAGCCAAUGAAACUUUCAUCAGAGAUGGAUGAUAAUGAAGCCACAACUACCGAUGACCCUACCAAAUCAUCAUUCAUAAAGGAUCCUCAGGUGAGAGAACGGCUCCUAAAAAUACGUCAAUCAUCUAUAGUUAGGUUCGGACGCAAAAAAGAUUUGGUGAAGCACUUGAAAGAGGUCCAUUAUGGGCACGUCAAUCAUUUGGUAGGAAACGUUAGUCAAAUUAACAACGGAAUUCGCUCAAAUGUUGGGGAACUAUAUUUGGAAACAUCUAAUAAUGACGACCAACAACUCGACUUUUCUUCCAACCCUCAUAAUAAUAUGGAAGAAGAUGCUAGCCAAUCAGGCAACAAUGGAAGUGUCUUGGCCCAACUAGUUCAAGAAUCUCGCUUCCAAGAACAAUAUGGAACUACUGAUCAACACUCUGACAUAAGUAAUUUACCUGCUACCGCCACCAUAUUGUAUCAACCCACUGCUUCAUCCACCACAGUCGAUGAAAAUGGCAGGUCCAACACUGCUAAUCAAUCAAUGAUCUUGUAUCCAUCAUCUGUAGCCGAUCAAUUUGGGGAUAGGAGUAGGAAAGAGACAACCAUGUUAUAUCAUUCAUCUGGAAAUAUGGGAGGUGGAGGGAACUCGAGUAGUUUUAUAAUGUCUAAUCUUGCAGCUUUGAAUAAUUCGCUUGGGGCGGCAACUCAUAGAGCUCAUUUGGACACUUUGCAACAACGAAUGUUAAUGGCUAAUGCUUCGCCUGACUCCCCUCACCCUUCGACUUCAACUACUGCUCCCCUCUCCGCUGAUUUACUCUUGCUUCCCAUAUACGAAUGCAAACCCUGUCGGCGAUCUUUUGCCUCUAGGGUCAAUUUGAAGAGACACGAGGAGCGUAUUCACGGUGAUCCAAAACCGGUUCAUUUGUGCGAGUUUUGUGGGAAGGUAUUUGGAUAUGCUAGAACACUUAAGGAUCAUAUUGGAAUAGCCCACCCCACCUCAUCGCCUAUGGAUGAAAACCUGGAACGACCUGAUUAUUAGUCAAUAUGUCCUCUACUUUUAAUUUAAAAUAUUGAAUAUAUUAAAUAUAUAUAUACAACUUGAGAGUAAAUUUAUUAUUUUUAUU